UGCCGUCCGUGUCCUGGCUCCAAGCGUGCUCGCGAGAGCUUGAAGGGCCCUUGCUGUGAAAGAGACAAAUGAGGCGAUACAGCGUUGCCAGCGCGCGUGCAAAGACACAGCUGAAGCGUGCGCUCUCAGCAAAGUGCAAAGAUGUAAGGCUUCGCCGCUUGAAGCAGGUGCUCGAUUUGAAGAUCCUUGACCGUGCAGAGGAACAGUCCAGACUCCUGUUGAACUUGGCAUUCGCUGAGCUGCACGCAUUGGGUGGCCAGAAAGGAGACCAAAGCCAACCUACGCAAGAAACGGAGCCUUCAGAGCCUUCUCCUGCACCUACACCCCCCACGGACACCCAGAAAAAACCUCAGCCGCUGCAGGGGUUAGUCAUAGAUGCAGAGAGUCGUGGCCAAGCUCCACAAGUUGAGGGUGGAUAUGGCUGGAUUCGAAAGGCAAAUGCAGGGACUGACCGUGAGGCGAGACGAAAAAUCAGUGCAGCCACCAGGGAAGUCGUGAAACAGCAAGGUUACACGCUGGGAAACAAGGUGGUUCAGCUGAAUCAUGUUGAGGAGAUGAUCAAAGGAACGAAACUUCUCUCUCCCAGUGUGGGGGCUUGGCCCAGUUCCCCAACUACAGGCCAGUUGAAGACCAAAUUGGAAGUUCAGAACGGAACCGUUCUGGAUGUAGCGGUACGGGCAGCUCAAGCAGGAGAACAUGUGAUUGCUGUUAAUGCCGCGUCUGCUUACCAUGCUGGAGGAGGCUUCUUGACAGGAGGCCGGCAUGCUUUGGAGGAGGCCAUGUGUGUGCAGAGUUCCCUCUAUGACUCACUGGAGUUUGGCAUUGGCUUGGCGGAAGCUGCCAAGGUUGAAGCGCCUUCAUGGUCCCGGCCUGCCAAGAAAAAGGAUGGAAGUUCAUGGGUGUCUCACCUUCCGGAUGAUGGUGUGCUGCUGUCCCCAAAGGUUGAGGUUUUCCGUGAUGGUACCAAUGAAGGCUACACGUUCAGAGAUACAGUGACAGUCUUGAGGGGCGUUGUGUCGGUUGCCAUGCCAAACUGCAAUGAGAAGAUGUCAGACUCGCCUGUUGAUGCCAACCCGGAUGGUGAAGGCUAUAAAAAGCAGCUUCUUCAGAAGUGGGUUGCAGUGCUGACGGCUGCUUCAUCGUGUCAAGAGGCCACGACAUUGGUUGUUCCGGAUGCAGGUUGCGGAGUUUUCUACAAUCCACCUGAGGCUGUGGGGGAAAGCCUGGGCAAGGCACUUCAGCAAUUUCGCGGUCGAUUCGGACGUGUGGUGAUUGCAUUUCCAGGGGGUAAAGCAGGUGAGACAUUUGCAGCGGCUGCAGCUGCAGCUUUUCCACCAGAUGGCGACAAAAGUUGAUAGGAGUCCAGCGGUGGUUUUUUGAAAUUGAAUCACGCAUUUAGACACCUAGGUUGGGCAGUAGGUGUGCUUCUAUGCCACAUUAUGCCACAUUAUGCCACAUAUGCGGCCGCAAGCUGCCCCUAAAAGUCUGGGGCUAAGGGCUUGCUGGAGAGUUCACUCGCAAGAAUCUGCGAGCUUCUCCGGGCUCCUCCCAGUAUGAUUAUCUGAAUUUGUCAAGUUUACUGUUUCAGUCCUUGCACAAAGUUCGUCAAAGUUCAAUUUGUUCUAUGCUGGAGCUGCAAUAUGCAGCUCAGCAAGACAGCCUCUCCGAAGACCAGAGCUGAAAGGCUG